UCCUUUGCUCACUCUGACCCUCAAAGAAGAAGAAGAAGAAAAUAAAGUGCAAAGUAAGUAAUUCAAAGCACACAGCUUUGAAUUCAUUAUAAACAAAGUCAUAGGUUGCUCCUAUACAUCGCCGUGCACAACAAGAAACUCAACCCUCUCUCAAGGACUUCAUAUAUAUUAAUCCAUUCACCAAACCCCUUUUUGCUUCAUUCAUUAUUCCCCUUAAUUCCACACUGUUGAAUUCAAACUCUUUUCACUUCUUGACACGUUUUUGAACACCCCUUUAAUUUCCUAUAUAUAUCAAUACACACAAUCAUAUUCAGCAACAAUAUUAACAUAACAUAAGAAAGCUAAAUUAUAUAUGGGAUUAUCACUUUCAUUACUCCAAUCGGCUUGGGAAGAAGUUGUUACAUACUCUUCACUCAUUGAUGUACCUUUCAACAUCACUUUUGCUUCCAAAGAUGGAGCUUUGAUUCUGAGAGCAUCAUCAAGCUUCAACAAAAGAGAAGCUGAUGAUUCUGAUUCUAAUAAUGUCACACGUUCAAGGCGUUUGAGGGAACACAGACCCCAGAAUGUGGUUCUUGAAAGAAGCUACUCCUUUGUUCAACAUAAGGAGGAGAAAAUGGAUCAUGAUUCUUCUUCUUCCAUUGUUAAGAGAGAAGUUCCUCUGCUUUCUCUGCCUCAGGAAGUGGUUUUCUCUUCACCUAGGCCAGUGAGUGAACUUGAUGCUGCUGCAACAAAACUCCAAAAAGUGUAUAAGAGUUACCGCACUAGAAGAAACCUUGCAGAUUGUGCAGUUGUUGUUGAGGAGCUAUGGUGGAAGGCUUUGGAUUUUGCUGCUCUCAAGAGAAGUUCAGUUUCCUUUUUUGAUGUGGAGAAGCCGGAAACCGCUGUGUCAAGGUGGGCAAGGGCUAGAACAAGAGCUGCUAAGGUUGGAAAAGGUUUAUCCAAGGAUGAAAAGGCACAAAAAUUAGCACUUCAACAUUGGCUUGAAGCUAUUGACCCUCGUCAUCGCUAUGGACAUAAUCUACACAUAUACUAUGAUAUUUGGUUUGAAAGCCAGAGCACUCAGCCAUUUUUCUACUGGUUGGAUAUUGGAGAUGGCAAGGAAAUAAAUCUUGAGAAAUGUCCAAGGACCACUCUGCAACGCCAGUGCAUCAAGUAUCUUGGACCUAAUGAAAGGGAAGAAUAUGAAGUGAUUGUUGAGAAUGGGAAGCUUGUGUACAAACAAGAUGGGAGAGUUGUGGAUACUGAUGAAAAGUCAAAAUGGAUAUUUGUUUUGAGCACCACAAGGUCUUUGUAUGUUGGAAGAAAACAAAAGGGUACCUUUCAGCACUCAAGCUUUCUUUCUGGUGGUGCCACCACAGCAGCUGGCAGAUUAGUUGCUCGUCGCGGUGUCCUUGAGGCAAUUUGGCCUUAUAGUGGUCACUACCACCCUACUGAAGAGAACUUCAAAGAGUUCAUAAGCUUUCUUGAAGACAACAAUGUAGACCUAUCCAAUGUGAAGAGAUGUGCAAUAGAUGAUGAUACUCCAUCACUGAUUGGGACUAAUUCAUUCACUAACCAAUCACAAUCAGUACCUGCUACAACUGCAAUUAAUAAUGAGAAUGAGAGCAACAUUGUACCAACCAAUAAGGAGGGUGGCCAAAUAUUAAACCUCUCAAAGAGGUUGUCUUGCAAGUGGUCAACUGGGGCUGGGCCUCGUAUUGGGUGUGUGCGUGACUACCCUGGACACCUUCAAUCAAGAGCGUUGGAGCAUGUCCAUUUGUCUCCAAGGCCCACUUCUUCACGCGUUACUAACUAUGGCCCAAUUCCAUCACCUAGGCCCAGCCCAAAAGUUAGAAUGUCCCCUAGGCUUGCAUAUAUGGGAUUACCAAGCCCAAGAAACCCAAUCCCAGCUGCAAGUUAAGGCCCAAUAAAACUGAGAAAUCUUGGUGGAUGAGAGUAGAGGAACUAACCACAAAUCUUCUUUCAUUCUUUAUUUCUUUUUUCAUUUUAAUGUAAGAAUUUGUAUUAAUAUUUCUUAGGAUUGGAUUUAGCGUGGCACAUUGGAUGCUUCACCCAUUUUUUUUUUCUCAUUGUUUUUUGGGAAGCCAGAAAGAAACAGAGAACCAAUUUGUUCAUUCUUUAC